AUGAUGAUGAAAUACAGCAGAUAUGGAAUCCUGCAUGAUGUUGUUCUUCCCGAGCAACUCAAUGAUCAUCAAUCUGAGGAACCUCACGCUGAAGAGCAGACCAAACAGAAGGACCAGAUGAACGGAAGUCCCAGCCAACACCAGAAGCUGGAUUUGGGAAGAAUCAUUGGUCUAGCUCCAUGGGGAGCGCAAAUGCUCCGAGCCUUGAAGUGGAAGCCUGAAAUAAAGGACCUGCCUUUCCCUUAUCCAUCGGACAUGAACAUUGAUGAGGAACUGGAGAAGGACUCUUAUGACUGUGAAGCUUUCCAGACGUUGCGACUGGGAAGCCAUACCAACCACAGCAAAGAAGUGGGAGUGUACCAGUAUAGCUCGUCUGACGAUGCGUGA